AUGGAUUCCCAAAAACAAUUGCAGGAACGAUGCAGAUGGCUCGAGCAAAAAUUCAAAGCCAUGGAAAGCGCGGAUCAUCAUCAAGGGAUUGAUGCCAAGGACCUGAGUUUGGUCCCAGAUUUAGUCCUUCCCCCCAAGUUCAAAAUGCCCGAAUUUGAGAAAUACAAUGGAACGAGCUGCCCUAAAGCCCACAUCACCAUGUUCUGCAGGCGAAUGAUGGGAUAUGUUAACAAUGACCUGCUACUAAUCCACUGCUUUCAAGAUAGUCUGGUUGGAGCGGCGUCUAAGUGGUAUAAUCAACUGAGUCGAGCCAAGAUUAACUCAUGGAAGGACUUGGCUCAGGCCUUUAUGAAGCAAUACAAUCAUGUGACGGACAUGACCCCUGACAGAAUCACUCUCCAGAAUAUGGAAAAAAAGUCAAAUGAAAGCUUCAGACAGUAUGCACAAAGGUGGAGAGAGGUGGCUAUACAAGUUCAGCCGCCACUUCUGGAAAAGGAGACGAUAAUGCUCUUUAUCAACACCUUGAAAGCCCCUUUUAUCACUCAUAUGCUAGGAAGCGCCACAAAAAGCUUCUCCGACAUAGUAGUGAUGGGGGAAAUGAUCGAGAAUGCUAUAAGGAGCGGCAAAAUAGAGUCGGGAGAGAGUGCCAGAAAGUCAGCCCCAAGGAAAAGGGACAAUGAAGUGAACAACACGAGCACAUUCAACAAGGGGCAGUCCAAGUCAAUUACCGUAAAUCAACCCAAAACGGUGACUACCAAUCAACAAAGCUCUGUAAGACAAGAAUCUAAUUCGAGAAAGAACACAGAAAGGCCACAAUUUACCCCAAUACCCAUAACAUAUAGGGAGUUGUACCAAAACCUGUUCAACGCUCAUGUAGUAUCCCCUUUUUACCUAGAGCCACUGCAGCCCCCGUAUCCGAAAUGGUAUGACACAAACGGCCAAUGUGAAUACCACGCGGGAAUUACCGGGCACUCAAUCAAGAAUUGCACUGCGUUCAAGAAAGUAGUUGAAAGACUCAUUAAGGUGGGGAUUGUGAGAUUUGAUGACCCAGCCACGCCCAAUGUAGUAGGAAACCCACUCCCCAAUCAUACCGACCAAGGAGUGAAUGGGAUAAGUGAAGGCUUGAACAGGAAGACCAAAUAUGAGGUAGCAGAAGUCAGGACCCCGUUGAGGCGGGUGGGGCAUGAAAUCCAAGAUUGCGUGGAGUUCAGAGCCUUAGUACAAAACAUGAUGAACAAUAAAGAAAUUGAAUUCUAUGAAGAGACCGAAAACCCCGUAGAAGGAGAUACAUGUGCAUCGGAGGGAGAAUUGACAGCACAAAAUCGAACGCCUAACUAUCCCGUGGUGAUCAUUUCGAGACCCAAAAAUAAUGAAGUCGGAGUACAAAUGCCACCAAGGGUCAUAAUCCAAAGACCUACAGUUUUCCCUUACAAAGACAACAAAAAGGUCCCAUGGAAUUAUGAUUGUAGUAUGAUGAUGCCGGGAAAGGAGAGCCUGGUUGACACUUCAAGAGGGGACCAAGGCAAGGGUUUCUAUACACGUAGCGGGAGGCGUUACGGUACGGCGAAUGAGGAGGUGCAUCCCACAAAAGGAAAAGCCCAGGUGGUUGAGGAAAUGAAGGGAAAAGCAACCAAACCUAUUAAUCAACCAGUUAACGAAGAGGAGGCCAAGGAGUUUUUAAAAUUCCUAAAGCAUAGCGAAUACAGCGUGGUGGAACAGCUACGUAAACAACCAGCCCGUAUUUCGAUGUUGGCCUUACUUCUAAGCUCAGAAGUUCAUCGUAGCGCACUAAUGAAGGUCUUAAACGAGACAUACAUUGCCAAUGAUAUCUCCGUUAAUAAGCUGGACCGUUUGGUGAACAACAUAAGUGCCGACAAUUAUAUUUUCUUUAGUGACGACGAGAUACCACCCGAGGGCAUGGGGUCGACUAAAGCUUUGCAUAUCACCACGCACUGUAAAGGGUACACGCUGCCCGGCGUACUGAUUGACAAUGGGUCGGCUUUGAACGUCCUCCCUUUGACCACGCUAAAUAGAUUACCUAUAGACAGCUCUCACAUGAAGGAGUGCCAGAAUAUCAUACAUUCGGCUGGGGUAGUGCCUUCCUCGUUGCAUCAGAAAUUGAAGCUAGUAUCGGAAGGGAGAUUGAUAACGAUCAAGGCUGAGGAGGAUAUUAUUGCAACUGUGAGCAAUAAUGCACCCUAUUUGGAGACAGAUGACGAAGCAAUUGAAUGCUCAAUUCAAUCUUUGGAAUUUGUUAAUGCGAUGUUCAUCGCCGAAGGAAGCAAAAUUCUGGUGCCAAAAUUGUCCAAAGCCACGAGGAUGAGCCUCCAGCUGACGAUCGGAAGAGGGGCCCUACCCGGAAAGGGACUUGGGAGACAUCUGCAAGGAAGGGUUAAAACGUCAAUGCCGAAAGAUAAGAGAGACCGCUUCGGUUUAGGAUUUAAGCCAGAUGCAAAACAAAGGAGAAGGGAGCUAGAAAAGAAGCAAGAAAGAAGAAGAGCUCGAUUAAUGGGGAAAGAAAUCAAAUGGGAACCAAUGAUAUUCCCCCAUAUAUCGAAAACAUUUGUGUCCGGGGGAAUCAUCCAUCCUGAAAGAGACACAUCAAUGAUGGGAGCUACAAUACGAAGAGGAGACCGGAAGAGAAAGUUUAUCGGACAUUGGCCCUUACACACCUGGAAGUGUUCUGGACAACUGGACUGCGGAAAAGAUCCCUGUAGUUUUUAA